AUGGCUGUGCUUCAAAAGACACUGCCCGCCACUUGGUAUACCAGUGAUAAAUAUCACAAACUAGAACGAAAGGCUGUAUUCUUGCGUUCGUGGUUUUUCUUGGGAACCGUGAACAAGUUUAAAACUGGUCAAGCCGUUGGUUAUGAAAUUGCUCAGGUGAAGCUGACCGCAAGAGGCGAAGAUCUCGCAGGCGAGAUCACAGUGAGAGUGUUUUUCGACCAGAAUGGUGAAGAAGUGCAAUCUCACCAGACACGCUCGGGCCUCGUUUUUACAACGAUUUCAUCAGAUGCCCCGUCAUUCAACGAGUUCUUCCCAGGCCUCGAAGAGCUGCUAGAGUCCUACGACUUCAAGAAGCUGCCUCACCGACGGAAACUGCACUACACUGGCAAGUACAAUUGGAAAACCAUGAUAGACGGUUUCCAGGAAUGUUUGCACUGCCAAUACUGUCACCCGGGGCUGUCGAAGCUUUAUCCGACCGAGACAUACCACGUUGUCAAUCACCAGAACUGGAGUCGUCAUUAUUCGGACCCGAAGUUCGAAGACGAUGGACUGUUCCUCUACUUUUUUCCUAACACCACGUUGAAUCUCUACAACGGCGGCAUGUCCUCGUUCCGUGCCUGUCCGAGCCCAGAAGUCGGUGUUUCCAGGAUGGAAUUCGACUACUACAACGAUAACUCUGCAGAUGAAUUCGAAGUCUACUACAAGUUCGUUCGUGAGGUUGCAGAUGAAGAUGGGAAUUUUGAACCCAGUCAAAGAGACUGGGGUUUCCCAUUAUCAGCAAACCGUCCUCAAGAUGGUGAUGGCUCAGCAUAG